UCUCUCUUUCCAUAUCUUCAAUCUUCUUCUACCACCGCUCACUCUAUACAAUUUACACCCUUUUCCUAAUUUUCCUUCAUUUUCUUAUUCAAUCUUGGCGCUCUUUCUUUAUCACCCGCUCUAACUUCGGAUGCAAAUUUCCCUUCCAUUUUAUUCUUUCCUUCCCCCUUUCUGCCUUGGUUCCGGAUUGUAUUGGGAUUAGAUGUUGGGUAUGAAUUAAUUUGCGUGGUAUCAGCACUCCCUACCGUUACCAUUCUCAGUCCCUACCCGGAAAAUUCAAGCUUGAUUUUCUUGGAACAUUCAGAAUGGAUUUUGAGGAAAACUGUGGAUGUCAUGUCUAUGUCAUGUUGAGCUGAUUUUAUCCAGCUUUUGUCAUCUCUAGUAAUUGACACGACUAGGAAAAGCUGAAAAAAAUCAAUUACAUUGAAGAAAGGGAGAUUCCUCCCCUUAUUGUUCAAAAUAAGCACAGAUUACUUGCUUCCUGAACAAGAAACGGCCUGUCGUGGAUAAUCAUCUGAAACGGAUGAAAAGGGGUUAUUAUGUCUGAGUUGAUUGACCGCCUCCCAGACGCGGUUGCCCUUAGGUGCCUUGCACGUGUGCCCUUCCACCUCUAUCCAAAGUUGGAGCUUGUUUCUCACUCCUGGCAAGCUGCCAUUCACAGUGCUGAACUAUACAGAGUCCGACAGGAGAUUGGAUCAUCAGAAGAUCUAUUAUGCGUAUGUGCAUUCGAACCUGAGAAUCUAUGGCAGCUCUAUGAUCCCCUCGGAGACCUUUGGAUGACAAUUCCUGUAUUACCAUCGAAAAUUAGGCAUCUUGCACGCUUUGGUGCUGUGUCCACUGCUGGAAAGUUGUUUGUGCUUGGUGGUGGCAGUGAUUCUGUUGAUCCGGUAACCGGAGAUCAAGAUAGGAACUUUGCCACCAAUGAGGUGUGGUCUUAUGAUCCUGUAAUACGCCGGUGGUCUCAAUGUGCAUCAAUGCUUGUACCCCGUGCCAUGUUUGCAUGCUGUGUUUUGGAUGGAAAGAUUGUUGUUGCAGGUGGUUUUACUAGCUGCAGAAAAUCAAUUUCUCAGGCAGAAAUGUACGAUCCUGAUAAAGAUGCUUGGAUUCCUCUGCCUGACCUACACCACACUCACCAUUCUGCUUGCACAGGGGUUGUGAUUGGAGGGAAGUUGCACGUCCUGCACAAGGGAUUAUCAACUGUGCAAAUUUUCGAGAAUACGCGGCCUGGAUGGAGAGUUGAAGAUUAUGGUUGGCUUCAAGGUCCAAUGACCGUUGUCCGGGGUUCACUCUAUGUGAUGAGCCAUGGACAUAUUUUCAAGCACGAUGGAGAAGCUAAGAAGGUUGUUAUUUCAGCAUCUGAAUUUCGCCAACGAAUUGGGUUUGCGAUGAUGAGUUUGAGAGAUGAAAUUUACGUGAUUGGAGGAGAUAUCGGUCCCGACCGUUUGAAUUGGGACGUCAAGCCAACAUCUGAUGUUGACAUAUUGACAACAGGAGGUGAGAGGCCAACAUGGCGACAGGCAACAUCAAUGACCAGAUGCCAUGGGGCUAUUCGGGGAUGUGCUCAGUUGAGAAUUUAGGAUUCCAUUCUGUUGCUACCUUGUCACUUGCUUUGUGUUUGCCUCAUAACCCCUCCUAUUGCCUUUUCUGGUGGCUGCCUCUUUUUGUAAUCUUGUGAUGUUCAUUCUUGGGGUAUGUUGAUGAUUCUCCUGGAAAAUUGGAUAUCAUUGGAACUGUGUAACAUUCUGAGGUGGUACAUGAAUAUUAUGAAUGAUUUGUUAGCACCCA